AUGGAUUCCACAGAUAUAUCACCACCAUCAUACUCUCAAGUAGAAAAUAAUACUGUAUUCAACAAUUCUAACUGGGAAAUAUGGUAUAAGAAAUUCAUUGGACUUAAGUUUAAUGAAAAUACAGCUAAAGAAUAUGCAUCAAUAUUUGUCAACAAUGAAAUCAACGCCAAUAUGAUAUCUGAUUUGAACGAUGAUAUUCUUCGAUCGAUGGGUAUCGAGAAAGCCGGACACCGUAUACAAAUUUUAAGACUGAAACCAUCUCCAUUACAUCAGAAUACAAUACGACCAAUAGGAACAAAUUAUCGAUCCCUGGUUGAAUCUGCUCCAGUGGUGAGUCAAUUAUAG